UGCAAGAAGAAAUUUUUCACUUCAAGGAUUUUCUGAUCUUUAGUUUUAAUAUAUUUUUCAGAACUUAAGCGGGGAACAUCUUUCCUCCCACAAGUGGUGACCUGGGCGUGAUUUGAAUACAUAAACUUUUCAAGCCAAUCGGAAGCGCAGCUGCACCAUAUUUAACAUGAUGCCGUUCAGAGAAGAAGGACUUAAGUCAUUUCAAAUGGAGGACAAUCCUCUCUUCAAGGCAAAGAAACCUAAGCAGCAUAGUUCCGCCAAAUAUAAAUCUUUCUGCCUUUAUUCGAAAGCAAUUCUAGGCAAUUCUCUCAUAACCAGCUUUCCUGUGAUUGCCAAAAGCAAAAGUUGGGUGAAAAGGACCAUUAAGAUCAUAGUUUUUGUCAUGUGUCUCACAGGUUUCACUUACCAAACGCUUGAUUUCAUGUGGAUGUACUUGGCGUAUCCAACAGUCGUUAAUGUGUAUGUGUCGAAUCCCUAUGAAGUAGUUCAACCAGCUUUGACCGUGUGCAAUAAAAAUAGGAAGAGAAGAACUUACUUUUGUUCGAUUGAUGAGAAGAAUUGCGUAUUUUCGGAUCCGAAAGAGUUUUGCCAAAAAUAUCCGGCUAUGUGUCCAGGCAAUAAUGCUAACCACACUUAUCCAGGGAAGCCUGUUCUUACUAGAUUAGUUGGUGAGAAGUUCAAUUGGAAAAGAACAUUCACGGAGGCACACAAUGAGAGUAUUAUCAAACUCUGUAUGAGCAGAAUUGAAGAAAAGAAAUUCCUUUGCACUCAACCUUACAAACGGAUUCCUGUUGUCGAUGCCAAAGGAGAACCUAACGUAUGCUUCACCAUCGAUUCAUUGGUGGGACAGCCAGAUGCUCCAGAUAAAGUUUAUCCGAACACAUAUCAAAUCGAGAUACACUUAGACACUCAAGGAGAGGAAUACGUCUACUUCACGGAUCCCAUCCUGGUUCAAAUGAUGAUUCAUGACCGCAGAGCUCUUGUAAAUCCUUUCUCAGAAGGUACAUCACUCGAAGCUGGAAUUCAGUACAAUGCAUACGUUUCGAUGACAUCGAAUGAGUUGUUGCCACCCCCAUACGACACAAAUUGUUUCGAUUAUUUAGAACAAUGGAAAAGAAACAAUGGAACUGGACCUCUGAAUCAUAUGAUGUGUGUGGAGCACUGUAAACUAAAAAAGCUUCAAGAAUUGGGUCAAUGUAUCGACAAAGAUGUCGAUUUUAUACACACCGAGCAGCUUUGCCAAGCAGGUUUUCGUUCUAUAACUAGCGACAUUGUGAAGAACUGCUCCUUAAAAUGUGGAAAGGCAUGCUAUGAAUCAUCUUACAAUAUAAGAUACGAGAAACUGGGAGCCAAUGAUCGUUUCUGUACUAAAGACGAUAUCUGGUGCAAAAAUGAAAAAGUCAUUGUGUUUGUCGUUUUUAAUAAAUUUCGGCUGACAAAGUUUGUUUAUCAACCAAAGUUUGCAAGUAUAGAGAUGUUCAGCUACAUCGGUGGUUACAUGGGCAUGUGGCUGGGCUUGUCACUCAUCUCCCUUUUCGAUCUAUAUGAAACUAUCUGCUAUCUACUCUUCUAUCCAAUAGGACGGAAAAUGAAGAUGAAGGCAAAACAGAAAUCGAUGCAAGCUGCAUUUGAAGCUGAAGGUCGAAAUUUCUAUUAUAAUCGUGGAACUUAUUACUAAUGAUAAAAUUUGUUUCUCCCAUCAUUUUAUUACAUUCAACAGAAUUCCUUUAAUUCUAUAUGCGUAAGACAGAAUUACGGAAAUCCACUAUUCAUUUUACUAUCACGCAUUGUUUAAGCUUAUUAAGCAUGUA